GUCGGCGUUGACGCCGGCGCUAAUGACAACGAUGCUGCGGAAAACACGUUUUUCUUUUCAUUCUUGCUUUUCAAGUUGCAAUUGCUAAUGAAGGAGAAAUAAACUGCAUUUUUUCGAUGUGAUAUAGAGUUAACUUUCCUUAAAGUCCAGAGGACACCCCAAGUUAUCAAACUGGAUUUCACAGAGGCAGCAGUUAAAUAGGCCGGAUUUUUUGGAAUUUACAGUACAUGGUACUGUAACGACUUGGAACGAAAAAGGACUCUUCUCUUUUUUAAGUAAUGCAAGCAGCAGUGAUGGAAGAAUCAAACGUAGAUACCGUUGAGCAACCCAUCAACACUACCACUAUCACCAACAACCAACAAGAGCAGGCCCAGCUCGAGCAACCGUCUUCACCCACUUCAGUCGCUACGCCGACAAGCACCAAUAGCGGCACCACCAGCAAUCCAACACCAACUUUUAGCUAUGAUGACUUGUUCCCGGCAUUGCCAGCGAAUACCUCUGCACCACUUAGCAGUAACGCUGCCCCAGCAUGUGUGCGGGUAACAACAUCGCAAAAAACUCAGGUGCUGCACGUAUCUGGCGAAGAACGUAAAACCACUGAAUCCGACAAGUUUGGUGAGGGUGAAUCGAAACGUAUCUGUCAGCAAAUUUCUAAAGAUACAGGCGCUCAAAUUGAAAUCGCAACUGGCAAGAAUCAAUCUUUGACCUUCUUGAUUAAGGGCAAGCAAAACGAAAUCCUGGAUGCACGUCGGCGCAUUUUGAUGCAUUUCUCUAUGCAAGCUAUCAAACAGGUUUCGAUACCGAAAGAACAUCAUAAAGUCAUUCUUGGUAGACGCGGCGACCGCUUGCACGAGCUAGAGCGUGUAACCGCAACACGCAUCAAUAUUCCCACCCAAACGGAGGAGAGUGAUGUCAUCACAAUUUCAGGUACUAAAGAGGGCGUUGAAAAGGCCGAGCAAGAGAUCCGCCAAUUGUCGGCUGAACAGAAUAAGAAGUGCACGGACCGCACUUCGGUGCCAAAAGUGUAUCAUCCGUUUAUCGUUGGCCCCAAUAAUGAAAAUCUCGCCAAGUUGAUGGAGGAAACUGGCGCGAAGGUCAAUGUGCCACCACAGUCGGUACAAAAGGACGAGAUUGUAAUUUCGGGCGAGAAAGAUGCUGUAGCCAAUGCAAAAGCCAAGGUGGAAGCCAUAUAUAAAGAGAUGGAAAAGAAGUGCUCCACUGUUAGUGUUGAAGUUGCGAAGUCGCAGCAUCGCUAUGUGAUCGGUCCGAAAGGUUCAACGUUGGCGGAUAUUCUUCGCAUCACUGGAGUUUCAGUUGAGAUGCCACCCACGGAUUCGCCAUUGGAGACAAUAACUUUGCGCGGACCGCAAGUGGCCUUGGGCAAUGCGUUGACCGUUGUUUACCAAAAGGCCAACUCUGUUAAAUCAGUUGAGAUCGAAGCGCCAAACUGGACGCAUAAGUAUGUUAUCGGGCGCAAAGGUGCCAAUAUGCGUCAACUGGAGGAGGAAUGCCCGAAUGUGAAUGUCUUCUGUCUGGACGAUAAAAUCAAACUAGAAGGCGAUCCAGAACGUGUUGACCAAGCAACAAACUAUCUCAACGAUAUUGUGCGCAACUACUUGGACCACUAUACGUAUGCGGUGAUGACCGUGAAUCCAUCCUACUAUAAGCAUAUCAUUGGUAAGGCUGGCGCAAACGUGAAUCGUUUAAAGGACGAACUGAACGUAAACAUAUAUAUUGAAGAGCGUGAAGGUCAGAAUACCAUACGUAUUGAAGGUCCGAAGGAGGGCGUUCAACAGGCUCAGCUUGAAUUACAAGAAAAAAUCGAUAAACUGGAAAAUGAAAAGUCAAAGGAUGUUAUCAUCGAUCGCCGUUUGCAUCGUUCGAUUAUUGGUGCCAAGGGUGAGAAGAUACGUGAGAUUAAGGAUCGCUAUCGUCAAGUUACUAUCACCAUACCAAGUCCUCAAGAAAAUACCGAUAUUGUUAAGCUCCGUGGUCCGAAAGAGGAUGUCGACAAGUGCCACAAAGAUUUGCUGAAACUAGUUAAGGAGAUACAGGAGUCAUCACACAUCAUUGAGGUACCAAUCUUCAAGCAGUUCCACAAAUUCGUCAUCGGCAAGGGCGGUGCCAAUAUCAAAAAAAUACGUGAUGAAACACAAACGAAAAUCGACUUGCCGGCUGAGGGCGAUACGAACGAAGUGAUUGUGAUCACAGGAAAGAAGGAAAAUGUGUUUGAGGCCAAGGAACGUAUUCAAAAGAUUCAAAACGAGUUGUCCGAUAUUGUUACGGAAGAGGUACAAAUUUCACCGAAGUUUUACAAUUCCAUCAUUGGCACAGGAGGUAAACUAAUAUCGGCCAUUAUGGAAGAAUGUGGUGGCGUUUCGAUUAAGUUCCCCACCAGCGACUCGAAGAGCGAUAUGGUUACAAUUCGAGGUCCAAAGGACGAUGUGGAAAAAGCCAAAGCUCAACUGCUCGAACUUGCCAACGAACGUCAAUUGGCUUCAUUCACUGCUGAGGUCCGUGCCAAACAGCAGCAUCAUAAAUUCCUGAUCGGCAAAAAUGGCGCUUCCAUCCGCAAGAUUCGCGAUGCUACUGGUGCCCGCAUAAUUUUCCCUUCCAAUGAAGAUGAAGAUAAGGAGGUUAUAAUAAUCAUUGGCAAAGAGGAUAGUGUGAAAUCGGCCAAAGAGCAAUUGGAGGCCAUUAUUAAAGAUAUUGAUCAAGUGACCGAGGGGGAGAUCUCCGUCGAUCCUAAAUUUCACAAGAACUUCGUCGCCAAGCGUGGCGAAAUCUUACAUCGCAUUUCCGAAGAAAACGGUGGCGUUUUGAUUUCUUUCCCGCGACAGGGCAUCGAUUCCGACAAGGUUACCUUGAAGGGCCCCAAAGAUUGCAUUGAGGCGGCGAAGCUACGCAUUGCUGAAAUUGUUGGCGAUUUAGAGGCGAUGGUCACCAUUGAUGUAGUUAUUCCACAGCGACUACAUCGUACCAUAAUGGGUGCACGCGGCUUCAAGGUACAGCAAGUGACUUCUGAGCACGAUGUUAACAUUAAAUUUCCGGAUCGCGAUGCUACUAAUCCAGUUGAGGGUUUGGUAAAUGGUACCAAUGGCAGUGGUGAGGAUGGUGAUGAAAAUGCGGAGCCUGUGCGGGAAUGUGAUAUUAUUCGCAUAAGCGGUCGCCUGGAAAAGUGCGAAGCGGCAAAGCAAGCUUUGAUUGAUUUGAUACCGAUCGUCAAGGAGCUAGAAGUGCCCUACGAUCUGCAUCGCACAAUCAUCGGUCCGAAAGGUGCCAACGUACGUCAAUUCAUGUCAACUUAUGAUGUGCACAUUGAGUUGCCGCCCAGCGAAACAAAGUCCGACUUGAUCAAACUUAGUGGUACACCGGCGCACGUAGCGGAAGCUGAGGCAGCUUUAGACAAAAUGAUUGAAGAGUACGAAGCAGAUCGUGCCGAUCGUGAGCUUCGUUCGUAUGAAUUGAAAAUCGAUGUGGAUACCCAGUAUCACUCAAAAUUGAUUGGUCGUCGCGGUGCCGUAAUCAAUAAGCUACGCGCCGAUCAUGACGUGCAAAUCUCGCUGCCAAAACGUACAGACCCCGAUCCACGAAUCAUCACCAUCACCGGCUACCAGACCAACACCGAAGCCGCGCGUGAUGCAAUUAUGGAAAUUGUCGGAGACUUGCAGGAUUUAUAUCGUGAGGUAAUCGAAGUAGACUCGCGCAUACAUUCGCACAUAAUCGGACAUCGUGGUCGGACCAUACGUAAGAUAAUCGAAGAUUAUAAGGUCGACAUCAAAUUCGCUUCCUCUGACGAUGCUCAAAAUAAUCCCAACGCCGUAACUAUUAUCGGCAAAGAGGAGGAUGUCGAAAAUGCCAAGGAAGUUAUACUCAAUAUGGCUGAGGACUAUACCAACGAAUAUUUGGACAAUUUGCCACCAUCACCACAGCCUCAGACAGUGGCGGCCUUCCUACCUGGCGGUAAUGAAAAUGGUUUUGUUAUUAAAGAUGCACCAUGGGAAAAAACUAACGACAGACACGGCAAGAGCUCUGCACCCAAUACUCAGUCGCAGGAGGAUUUCCCAGAUUUCGCAGCUGGAGGUCCAGCACCAGUGUCUUCACCCUUAACAUCAGCAUGGGGACCGAAAAACUAAAUUAAACAAAUUUAAACAGAAAAAAAA